AUGUCGGUUUUUACAUGGCUUCUUAGCGCUCUGGCUCUUCUGGGAAAUGGUUUGGUAAUUUACCUGCUGGUUGUCAGGAAACGACUCCAUUCGUCAGCCAAUGCAUUCAUAACUUCCCUCGCCUUCGCUGACUUUUUUGUUGGGCUCUUUACGAUGCCAUGCUAUCGUAUGACAUCAGUUUUCUCUGGAUACCGAAGCGUACGGCUUUUGACAUCAUUCCGUUAUUUUCUCUUUUACACUUCUGCCAGCAACUUAUGCGUCGUAACAGCGGAUCGAUUUGUCGCCGUAGCCUGUCCUCUCAGAUACAUAACUUUUAUGACUUGGCGUCGCGUCUUUUCCUUCAUUUUUGUAGCAUGGCUAACACCCUUCACAGUCUGUUUUCUCCCUGUCACAUGGAUAUAUUCGUCUUCCGUAGAAACGCAAAAAAUCUGCAAUAAGGUUUUCGUCGCCUUUCUGUUGACUUUUUUCGAAUUUUUACCUUGUAUAGUGAUGGUAAAUACAACCUGGCGUCUUUUGUGCAUUUCUCGUCGGCACACUCGCCAAACUCUCGCGCUACAAUCACAGUUAAAAUUCAACCAUCCCACUCUAAACUUCUCUUCUUUGAGAGACAGAGAGAGGAAUAUGUCCUCAGCAAAACUAAUCAGUGUUGUUGUUGCACUGUUUGUAUUUUGUUACACUUCAGAGAUGAUCUCUUCGCUUUUUCAUCUGCUAAAUUUACACAAAAACAUUUGGAGAAACUAUUUUAAAAAUGAUGGAAGGUUCUUGUUUUUGAUAACUAAUUCAGCUGUCAACCCAUUCGUGUAUGCUCUACUAAAAAAGGAUAUUCAAAAUGAGUUUAGACGUUUCUUUUCUCGAAAACGUUUUCGCUGA